GCCGACAAAAUCCUCUGGAGUCACAGUCACCCAUCCUCAUCCUAAAGCACAUGCACACACGGAUACACAUGGAAAAACAGCAACGCAUAGUCAUCCAGGUGUGCAUGGGAAAGCUGCUACGCAUGGCUUACGUCGGAAAUCUGAUGCUCACGAGCCACAAGCGGAUACUCACGGCAAAGUUGAGCAUACAGGUAUGUUUGUGUCAGUUCCCAACGGAACACUUUCUCAUUCACAGCAAAAGCGUUGAUCGGUAAAAACUCCUUGACGAAUCUGCGCCAACUUCAGUCUAAAGUGGCACCCUAACUUAGGCUCGUUUUAUAUCGUCACAUAGAUAAUUGCUACGUCUACUUAUCUUGUAAGUUUCAGAAUUUCAGGUUGUUCCUAACUGGAGUUGCAAGUCUGAAACAGUUUUGCAAAUUCAUGGGUAAAUCUUUCUAGGAUAAUUCGCCCACUCAUUCGGUUCGUAUAGCAGGAUUCUAUGUUUGUACUCAGCACCCUCAAAGUCGAGGCUAUUUGAGCAAACAAACCUGUACAAGACGAGAUCAUAGUUCUCAUGUCAUUGGGAGUUUAUGUGAAUCGCGAUUAGCACGACACCUACCGAUAGAUUUAUUUUUUGCUUGCAAGUUUUUGACAGAAGAGAUCGAGAUUAAAUGUACGUAAAAUACAUUUGGAUUUGAUUGGAAAUGUCAAGGAGGAAAAAGUAAGCUUUAUCCCACUUCUAAGUCGUUUUUCUAAGCCUCUGACACUCCAUCGAUCGAUCUUGAAAAGUUUAAGUAUCUCUUCACUUUUUUAAGUUUGACUUAUUGAUCAGGGAUAAGAGUUCAAUUCACCUAGACGGAA